AGUCAGCAGCUGUACACAAACUGCUACCCCUCCAUUUCAUUAUCCUUCAUAAAGAAAUAUGAUAUAUAUUAUAUAUAUUAAUACACAUGCCAUAUUUAACUAAGAAGCGAUUAUCACUCGUCGAUCAUUUGUUUUAUGUAUAUAUAUAGCUGGGUUGGUUUCCACCAGAAGACUUGAAGAUGAACGCAGGGACACCUGUCUGCGCGAGCUAACCUGCGUGUCGUGACCUCUCCACCUCACGUGCUGCUCCGGCUGCACCUCCCCCCCCCUUCCCCCCCACCGGGACGGGAACCUGUCACGAGCUCAGAUUCUGCACCAUGAAUCUGUACCGGUUAGUGUGCCGCCACAAGACGGCCCUGGUCAUUGGCACUGUGUGCAGCUUCGCUGUGGUUCUGGUCUUCUUGGCUAAAUGCACCUCAGAAACCCUGAAACAAGGCCACCAGGAUCCUCCAGGCCUCGCGCCUCGUGCCAUUGCUUUACAAGCCCGUCCAGAGCAGCAGAACCCCCCUACCCCGUCCAAAGACCUGUCAGCUUUCCUGGUGGUCCUCAUCACGACCGGGCCGAAGUACACGGAGCGGAGGAGCAUCAUCCGCAGCACCUGGCUGGCCAAGCGGGACUCUGAUGUCCUGGCCAUGUUCGUGGUGGGAACUCAGGGUCUCUCUGGUGAGGACCACCAGAACCUGAACACGGAGCAAGGCCGGCACAAGGACCUGCUCUUACUGCCUGACCUGCGAGACUCUUACGAGAACCUGACGCUCAAGCUGCUGCACAUGUACUCCUGGCUGGACCAGAACGUGGAGUUCAAGUUCGUCCUGAAAGCAGACGAUGACACGUUUGCUCGUCUGGACCUCCUGAAGGAGGAGCUGAAGGGGAAAGAGCCCAACCUGUUUUACUGGGGGUUCUUCUCGGGUAGGGGGCGAGUGAAAACUGCUGGGAAGUGGCGUGAAAGCUCUUGGGAGCUUUGUGACUACUACCUGCCGUACGCACUGGGCGGGGGCUACAUCCUCUCGGCGGACCUGGUGCGCUACGUGCAUCUGAACGCCGGCUACUUCAAGACGUGGCAGAGUGAGGACGUGUCGCUGGGCGCCUGGCUGGCACCGGUGGACGUUCGGCGGACACACGAUCCGCGCUUUGACACGGAGUAUAAAUCGCGUGGUUGCAACAACAAAUACUUGGUGACGCACAAGCAGAGUCUGGAGGACAUGUUGGAAAAGCACCAGACUCUGCAGCGUGACGGACGGCUCUGCAAGGAGGAGGUCAAGCUGCGGCUGUCCUAUGUGUACGACUGGAGCGUGCCGCCUUCACAGUGCUGCCAAAGGAAGGACGGCAUCCCUUAAGUAUUAUUAAUCAUGGUUCCUAUCCUCCAGGUCCGGCAUAAUGUUUUCCUCCAGUGUCACACCAUUUAAAGUUCUGUAACAUGUUCCAGACAACAAAGUCAAAGCCUUAGUGUGGAUUAAAACUCCCAUUUCAUCUUCUAUUGUUGCAAGAACAUAACAAAAGGCAAAUUUCACUACUUUUUCAUUGUGAAUGUGUACUGAAGGUGGAGCUAUUUUUUAAAAUGUAUUUCAUUUUCAAUGAUUUGAAAUUGUGUUUUAAACAAUCUUUAGAGAUUUCCUGUUCAUUUAGAAUAGUUUGACAGUUAUAGGUAUUGUGUUUUUUGUACAAUCUGACGCGUAUAACAUGUUUGUAUUAUGUAAUGUGGUCUGGGUGGAGUACAAGGAAUGAAAUCCCACGUUUCACAAGUAGAAUGAACUUUGCCUGGACUUUGAUGUCUGCUCCCAGUUCCCACUUCCAGUGGUGUCACGAUGGGAUGGACGUAUCCCAGUAACUCUCAACGAGAAGCCCUGUGUUCAUUUCCGUGCUCUCCUUAACGCCAGUUCACCACGUCGGUGGCCUCUUCCUCUCCUGUCUGCUUCUUCUGCUGGACCUCCAACAUUAUGGGAUAUGUUUCCAGGUUAUUUCAGUGCAGACGGGAGAAUCUUACCCUGACAUGAUGUCUACACGUUGUGGGUAAAGCAAUUUAAAUUGUAUUGGUAUUUUAUUUAUUGUUAAUUUAUUCUGCAGCUAACGCAGCACGCUGGUGUUGAGCUGGACAGAAGCACCUGGUGGCUGCUGCUGUGGGGUUGUAUUUAUACAGGCAAGAACUGCUCACUUUCUAACUGUAAAACGUUCGUUCAGUCGAUGGUACAACAAGGUUUUGUGUGUUUGGAGGUGAAAAGAAUGUGUUUCCUUCAGCGGGCCUUUGAUUCGUCCUGCUGGAGCCUUUAUUCAGACAUUUACUGUGUGGAAAUAUCAAGCUAUUUGUAAAUGUUUGGUUGCAGAUUGAGAAACUUGAUAUUGACUACCAGCUGGCACUUGGUCACUUUUUAAAAAAACAAGAACUAAUGUCCAUAAACCGUUGUUCAAUGAUUGAUUGUUUUGUGUUUGCCGGUGUGAAGCUCUCCCACCUGAACGUUCCCUUCGAUGUCAGUAGUUCUGAACUCUUGAGCGUGCUCAGCGUUGGUCAACGGGUCCGCUAGACGAAUACUGUUAAGUAUUACUGCUCAGACGGCUGCUAACGUUUUUUGUGAAUUAUGACAUGAUUUUUUAGUUGUCACUAGCAGAUUCCGAUUCAAUAUCACCUACGUUUCAGUGUAUUACGUACAUGGUCAGCCUCCCUCGAUGUUUUAUUAAAAAAUAAAUGUAU